CCUCUUGAAGUUGCCUUAGGUGCAAGUACACCCAUGUGGGGUACAGUUUUACAACAAGUAGAGAUUUUAUAUCGAAAAUUAUUGUUUUUGUUAAAUACUAUGGAUGAUAUUAUUCCGCUGUUAAAAAUAAUGUCGUCACUUUUUAAAAUUCCCUUGAUUUCACAAUUCAAGGGUAUUUUGGAGCCUUUUUCCAAAGUUCUCAGCUACGCAAUACAAACCCAAACUAUGAAUUAUGGUUGCCUUAUAGAAAUCUGUUAUUUGUGUUACAAAGCAUUUACAAAGGAAAGGGAUAAAUUAAUACUUAGUAGAAUGGUUGUUUUUGAACUAGUACAGGCACUCAAGUUCAAAACUACUAUACCGGAUGCAAAUCUCCUAAUGUUAAUAAAUCUAAUUUUACAGGAUAUAGGAGGUUCGAUUCCAUCUAAUGUUGUAAUAAAGGACUGUUCAUCGAUAACAUUAGAAUAUGGUUCUGGAGUUACAACUGGUAUAUCAGAAUGUAUGAAGUUAAAUCUUGGUGAUAUUUUAGAAUUUCUGACAGAUUUUCACGCCAUAUCUAAAAUAAAGAGCUACUGUAAAGGAAUUAAUGUCGGUUUAAAUGAUGAUACAUUAGGUGGUAUAAUAAAAUGUAGUAUUGCUCAAUAUUUAGCUUUAGAAAUUACCAAAGGUAAUGGUAGAGACAACAGAGCUGUCACGAGAUAUUUCCCUUGGUUAUGUAGUACUUCAAUAACGCAACAGAGUCCAAGAGAAUUCAUUGAGUGCAUAGGCCAUAUACGACUUCUUUCAUGGCUUUUACUGGGAUCGCUAACACAUACGGCAUUACAGGGUAACAACAAUAAUAACUGUCAAAUACAAAGUCAGCCAAUUCCCCAAGAGGCUUCUUGUCAAAUCGCUGACCACAUUCAAGUGAUAAUGGCUGGGUUUGCCGAACAACCAAAGGCGUCUAUAUUACAUAUGUCGUCGCUAUUCCAUACAUUCAUUUUAUGCCAACUUUGGACGAUCUAUUUAGAACAAGGAUUAAGUAGUAACAUACCAAUCACAGAAGCAUACAACGUAACUAUGAAUAUUCUUUUUGAUUUCUGGGGUAAAGUAACACCCUGCAUCUUACAACUAAUACAGCAAUCUAAAAUGUUAUGUGAAAUAGUUAGUUUACACUUUUUAAGCAUGUUGGAGGCGCUGUUGGAGUGUCAGUCUACGUUUGUAGGAAAACUGCUACCGCUCUGGACACCUGUCCUCUGUUCAAAUCAAUUGCAGUUGCCUGGUCAUUUACAAGUAAGAUUACAAAACUGCCGCAAUUUUCCACCCACAAUUAUUCAAGAAGCAAUCCCAGAGAAGUUAAAAGUAGCAAAUUUACAUAAUCCAAUGCUCCUAAGAUGGUUACAGAGGUUACAAUUUAAAAUGGGACAAAUUGAACUUCAGUCAUCUACAGCAACACAAUUCUAUUCAUUGUAA